AUGCCUGAUAUCGUGAGUAUAAAUUUUGAGUAAUAAUUCUAAAUUAAUGUUUUUUUCUUAACAGAAAUUCAAUUCUGGUGUGCCUUCUGGCCGAAAAAAUAAAUUGUCUCGAAAAGUGUUGGCCGAAAAUCAAAACGAAAACGAAGACCAAAAUGAAAUUUUCGAUUUUUCUCGAAAAAUACGAGAACUUCGCUUGGAAUUAGAAAUUCGUAAAAGAGAAGAAGAACGAAUCGAAAAAGAUAUUUCGAUAAUAAUUGAGGAAAAUUCAGGAGAUGGCGGAGAGCAAAAUCGAACCUUUGGACUUGCUGUAACUCGUCUCAAUAAUAAUAUGCUUGUUGUUGAAAAUUCGGCAAAACAACUGACGAAUACUUUGAAGAAUAUCUCGCUUUUAGCUGAUACAAUUAGUGGAAGAGUUUCAGCACUUGACGAGGCUAAAAAUCGUGUUGUGAAUUGUUUGCAAUUAGCGGGUGAUAUGAGAGAUCUUGGAGUUUGUGCUGAAGGAAUCGAUGAGGCAAUUAGAUCAGAAGAUUUUGAGACAGCUUCAGAACAUAUUCAUCGAUUUCUUACUUUGGAUCAAGCAGUUUUUCAAAUCAGAGAAUUCAAAGACAAAGGUACCUUGAAAAGUAGAUUAUAAUUGUUGAUUUAUAAUUGUUCUGUUUUCAGAUGCAACUGAUUCAAUUCGCCACAGUUAUGAAGUUUUAUCAUCUGCUAAGGAACGAUUAUCAAAAAUUCUAAAAGCGAGAUUGGAUGAUGCUGUAAUCAAAGGAGAUGUUUCUGAAAUGCAAAGAUUUGUCAAACUUUUUCCACUUCUUAAAGAAUCUGAUGAAGGAAUGCAAAGAUUUGGGAAAUAUAUCAAUACGAAAAUCGAUAAAUUGGCUGAUGAUCAUAUCACGGUUAGUUAGAAAAUCGGUGAAAAAAGUUGAUUUUGUCAUUGUGAAAUCAAAAUUUUUGAACAAUUCUAUUUACAAUUAGCUCUUCACAAAUUGAGAAAUAUUUACUCAUUUUUUUUUCUCACAAUCAAAACAAAAUUGAAAUUGAUUGCCACGUCAUAUGUCACGUCAAAAUGUUUUCUAGAUAAUGCGAGCUGGAGGAACUGAUGAUGAGAGAAGAAAUGUGUUAUACGCUGAUACGUUAUUCAUGUUUUUCGAAGGAAUCGCCGGAAUUUUGGAAAGUAAUUUAUCAAUUAUGGAAAGUUCGUAUGGAUCUGAUAAAAUUCUUGAUUUCCUAUUUAUUUUGCAAACCAGAAUUGAUGAGUUUUUCAAAAGAUUGUUGGUGGAAUUUGAUAAAAAUCGAAAAGUUUCUACAAUUAUCAAACAAAUCAAUUCAACACUUUUCAAUAAAAAUUCAAUUGCUCAAGAAAAUAUAUUGGAUCCAUUGGAUAUUGAUUCAAUUGUUGCUGAGAUUUGUUUGAUGAAUAAUUCGGUUGAAAUGUAUGGAAGAUUUAUUGGAAGAAGAGUUGGAAAACAAGCGGAUGAAGAAAAAUUAGACAAAUUGUUGAAUCGCAGUUUAGUUGGUACAAAAAUGCAAGAAUUGAUUGGAAAUUAUAUUCUUAUUGAACAUUAUUAUAUGCAAAAAUCAGUUGAGAAAGCAAUAAAUAUGGAUUUGCGAGAAAAUGAAGAAUUGACAAGUUCAAUUGUUGAGGAUACUGUAUUUAUUGUUAGAAAAUGUAUAAGAAGAGCUGCUGGAAGUGGAAAUGUUGAUAGUGUUUGUGCAACUAUAAAUAAUGCAGUAGCUAUGUUGGAAACAACAGUUCAUCAAUAUUUGGGUGGAUUUAUUAAUUCUGGAUUUUCCACUUCGAAUUUUGCCACAGAUGCAAUUCAAACAGCAAUGAAUGCAGCAUAUCAAAAACCAAAAGAUUCUCAACAAGACACCGAAAAAGAUAUGUUCCUAUUGGCAUUGAACAACUCUUCAAAAAUGUCAGAAAUGCUGAAAGAACUGCAAAAAGGAUUGAUUUAUGAAUGGAGUAAUGUUUCGAGACCUGCUGUUGAAAAGAAUAAAUUGGAACAUGCGGCAACUCAAAUUGAUGAAAUUGUGAGAAAAUUGACGAGUUUGGCAAAACAUGGAAUUGAUGAAUUGUUCAAAGCAGGAUUCAAGGGAAAGAUUAAAUCAAGGUUGGUUUUUUGGACUUUUUUUCGUUUCAAGGAACAAGAAUGAAACGACCGGCUUCCGCUGGUCUUCAUUCUUGUUGCUAUGCAGCCUUGGGCUGCGUGCUGAAGUCUGUGUCUUACAGUGAUUUCUCAUAAAGAAUAGUGAAAUUGGGUUUUGUCUUCUAAAGCUGAACUUUGUCAGUUUAUGGAAAAUUUCCAACAUAGUACAUUGAAAAUGUUCUGUGAACAAAAUAAUAAAUCACAUCACAUCGAAAAUAACUAUGGAAAACAAAACAAAAACAAACUUCAAAAAAAAAACGAUAAAAAUAUAAAACAUAAUUUCGCAUUUAUUGUUACUAUCAUCAAGCGCCUUUUUGAUGAAAUAAUUUUUUUCAUUUUUAAAUCAUUUUAUCACCAAGAUACUUGCAUGAACUAGUCGCUCCGGGGUCUCUUGAGUUAACUCCCCCCCCCCUCUUCCAAGGGAAAUGUUCGAAAAGUUAAGCCUCUAACCCAUUUUUUGCGGAUUUUUUAUCACAAAAAGCAUAGAAUACCCUAACAUUUUUAAAGUUAAGCCCCCUGCCUUUAAAAAUCCACCAGAACUUACCCCCUCCCACCGAAUUCGGAGUCCCAGUUCCCCAAAAAAGUACUAACCUUUGAAAUGUUGCCCGUUCCUCGAUCAUCUCAUCGCUCAAAAUUGAUGUAUUUCUUCAUUCUUUCCAACAAAAUCAUCUCGAAUAUUUUCAUCCGCGAAUAAUCUGAAAAAUAUUUUGAAUUUAAUGAACCUUUAGAUUGUUUUUUAUUGAUUUAAAACGUUUGUUUAAAAUAUGGGCGCCCAUACGAGAAAGAAGAGACAAAAAGAUAGUGAAAUCGCGCGUGAUCUACAGUAAUUUAAAAACUUGCGGGACUAGGUUAGGAAUUUUUUAAAUUUAACAAAAAAAAUAAUUUCGCUGUGUCUUACAUUAAAAUCUAAAAUUAUCAUCUAACUACAAUCUUAGGUCUAUUACCUUCAGAGCUUUCCAAUUUUCACACCUUUCUUUGAGUAAACUUACGAUACAUUUCAAAAAAUUGAGGCGGCAAUUCAAGCUUCUUUUUUCGACUAAAUCUGCAUUUUUUCGGCGACAAAACUUUGAAAAAUCCUCUAAUUUUUUCAGCUGUGAUCCAUACCGCGAUAUUUCUCAUCAAUUAACCAUGCAAGAUUUGGAACAUUUCGAGGCAAAUGAUCCAUUUGUUGAAGCUUUUUUGACUACUGUAGAUCGACUACUUGUGGAGCAUGAAAGCCUUUUAUAUUCCGAUAAUUAUCAGGUAUUUUAAAAAUGUUUCUUUCUAUCAAAAAAUUGUUUUUUUCAGCACCUCCUUUUGACAGUUUGCUCUGAACUUUCUCGUCAAUUCGAAUUGAUUCUUUCAAAAUGUCAAUUCAAUCGAUAUGGUGCAUUACAAUUGGAUCGAGAAUAUCGACAGAUUAGCGCGUAUUUGACAAAUGUUGCGGGAUGGAAUGCGAGAGAAAAAUGUGCAAGACUUGGUCUAAUUGUUGGAUUAUUGAAUGUUGAAACAAUUGAAGAAGCUAUGGAAAAUUGGCAAAAUUCAAAAACGAGUGCAAUUACAACAACAACUCGACCUUUGACUUUGGGAGAAGUUAAGAAAUAUCUUGCACUUCGUGUUGAUUUUCCAACUUUGGCUAUUAAUUCGCUAAAUUAA